AUGAAUUGGUUGGAUAUUUCUGAAGCUGAAAUAUCUAGCAAUGUUCCUAAUUGGUUCUGGGAAUUCCUUCCCACAAUGAGGACAGCUUCCAGACUGUUUGAUGAAUUUCCAAUCUCUAGGCUUCCUAGAUUUGUCCAACAAUUAUUUUCAUGGCAGCUUACCGAUAUCUAUGGGAUCAUUGAGGCAAAUUCAGUCAUUACAUCUAGCUUAGGAAUUAAUGCUGAUAGUGCUUCACUUAUAUGGAAAGGAAAAAUGUCAAAAUACAGAAGCACAUUAGGACUAUUGAGAAGCAUUGAUUUAUCAAGUAACAGAUUCAAUGGGGAGAUUCCAAGUGACAUGAUGAGACUUGUUGGUUUAGUUUCUCUUAACAUUUCGAGGAACAAGUUAGUUGGCAAUAUUCCUCAAGGUGUUGGACAAUUGAAAUCGUUGGAUUUUCUUGAUCUAUCUAGAAAUCAAUUGUCUGGAAGGAUUCCUUCACAACUCUCUCAGCUAGAUCGUCUCAGUGUUCUUGAUCUAUCAUAUAAUGAUUUAUCAGGCCAAAUUCUACUCGGUACCCAACUUCAAACUAGAGAUGCAUCUGCUUAUAUAGGAAAUCCAAAAUUAUGUGGUGCUCCUCUCAACAGAACCUGUCUCAUUCCUACACAGAAUCAAGUUGAUGGAAAUGAUGAUCACGAAGAACAAUUUUUUACUGAGGGGUUUUACAUUGCUUUGGCAAUUGGAUUUAUUAUGGGGUUCUGGGGAGUUUUUUGCUCAUUGAUUUUGAAGAAAUCUUGGAGAUAUGCUUAUUUCAAGUUCUUUAAUGAUCUAUAUGACAAGCUUUAUGUAUUUGCUGCAAUUAAGAUGGCUAAAUUAAAAAGAAUCAGAUCAUAA